GUGCAAUCGAGUAAAACAUAAUUGAUUCAAAGAUGGCGGACCCCAAACAAAAUCAGAAAAGUGUUAAAAUAGCUGCUGGUGCAGUGGUGUGUGUGGAGAGUGAAAUCAGAGGCGAUGUCACCAUCGGGCCGAGGACGGUGAUCCACCCAAAAGCCCGGAUCAUUGCAGACGCUGGUCCCAUCAUCAUAGGAGAAGGCAACUUGAUUGAAGAGCAAGCUCUCAUUAUUAACGGUUAUCCUGAAAACAUCAUGCCUGAUGCAGAGGGAUACGAACCGAAGCCCAUGACGAUAGGCACCAAUAAUGUUUUCGAAGUUGGCUGUGUUUCCCAGGCCAUGAAAAUUGGGGACAACAAUGUCAUUGAGUCUAAAGCUGACGUGGGCCGUAAUGUGAUCCUGACGAGCGGCUGCAUCAUUGGUGCGUGCUGUCGGCUCAACACGUGUGAGGAGAUUCCAGAGAACACGGUCAUCUACAGCUCCAACUGCAUGAGGAGGGUACAGACCGAGAGACCACAGCCCCAGACUCUGCAGCUCGACUUCCUGAUGAAGAUUUUACCCAACUAUCACCAUCUGAAGAAGACGCAGAAGGUUAACCCGACUCCUGCACGGACCUGAAAUCAUUCUGCAUCAUAGCUUUGCUCUUAUAAAUGCUCACAAAAACAAUAACCUGUGCUAACUAUGAGAGCUUUUUUUUUUUUCCUGUUUGUCUUACUUCAUACCCUAAUGCUCACUACACUCAAAGAUUAUGUGCUGUCUUGUAUUCAAUUCUGAUUUAUUUAUUGUUGUCUGAUAUUAAAGGCAUUCUCAUCCAGCUGUUCUGAUCCAAA